AUGUCCGCCACAGAAAUAACCUCCGACAACGUCGCGCAAGUCCUACAAAAUGACACGCGGGUCAAACUAGCCGGCGUCGACGCCGACGGCAUGCUCCGCGGCAAGCUGGUGUCCAAGAAGAAGUUCCUCUCGGUGGUCGACGACGGCUUCGGGUUCUGCUCUGUCAUAUUUGGCUGGGAUAUGCAUGACCGGACAUACUUCCGCGAGCUGGGGAUUAGCAACAAGGAGAACGGGUACAGGGACCUCCUGGCCAAGCCGGAUCUGUCUAGUUUUAGGCGCAUCCCUUGGGAGGACAACGUGCCGUUCUUCUUGGUUAGCUUUUAUGACCCCGAUACGAAGGAGCCGCUUUUUGCGUGUCCGCGGAGCUUGUUGAGGAGUGCGCUGCGGAAGCCUGAGGCGGAGGGGUAUCGUGCUAUGGCGGGAGCGGAGUAUGAGUUCUACCAGUUCGCGACGCCGAAUCGCAAUGCCUCGUCUACGGCUAGCUUUUUGAAACAGAACCCGGUUGAUGCGCUACCAUCGAUUACGGAGGGGAUGUUCGGAUACAGCUUGACCCGUCCGAUCCAUAACCAAGAUUACUACUACGGUAUCUUCGACGCAUGCGAGCAGUUCGACUGUGAGAUCGAGGGGUGGCACACUGAGAGCGGGCCGGGUGUUUAUGAAGCGGCAUUACAGUUCGGCGAGGCCAAGGGGAUGGCGGAUAAAGCGGGGCUAUUCAAAUACGUCGUCAAAUCCAUUGGCACAAAACACGGCAUCACGCCGACCUUUAUGGCGAAGCCGCGCGAAGGCUUACCGGGCAACAGCGGGCAUAUGCACAUUUCGCUGGUCAACAGCGAUGGCUCGAAUGCGUUCGCGCGCUCCGCCCCGGACCCCUCUCCACCAUACCCCGACGUCGCUCACCUUUCCGACAUUGGACGGUACUUCCUCGCCGGUAUCCUGACAGGGCUUCCCGAUAUCAUGCCGAUGUUCGCGCCGACGGUCAACUCCUACAAACGUCUAGUUGAGAACUUCUGGGCCCCGGUAACCGUGUCCUGGGGCUUGGAGCAUCGGGCCGCCUCUAUCCGCCUUAUUACGCCGCCAAGCUCGAGCGUAAAGGCCACUCGGUUGGAGGUUCGUGUACCUGGAGCGGACUCUAACCCGCACUAUGUACUGGCAGCGAUCGUCGCAUUGGGAUGGUGGGGUGUAGAGAAGAAACUCGAGAUUCCUGUCCCGCCGCUAGCGAAGGGCGAGGAUAUGGGAGGCGAGGGAGAUAAGGGAGCGCGGCUUGCUAAGAACCUAGGUGCUGCGAUCGCCACGUUCACGCGCAAAGACAGCGUCGCGCGGGAGGUCUUUGGCGAUGCUUUUGUUGAUCACUUUGGUGGGACUCGGGAGCAUGAGCUGCGCUUGUGGGAGGAAGCCGUCACGGACUGUUCUGACAGUAGUGACUCAUUCGAUAAUUGGACAACCUCGGAAAAUGUCGGUUGCAGAGCUUCGAGUGACGGACGAAAGGUAGGAGAUCCGGACGAUCAACCGCGGCAGUGGGAGCUCAGAGCUGCUGGUUCGGGCGUGCGGGGAGUUUCCCACCUCCAUUCGCCUCCUCGGCACGCUAUAUGCGAACGUUCUCCGAAGAUUUGA